AUGGCGGGGAGCCGCGCGAGGGAAGGAAGCGACGGGUUUCAACACCAAGGAUCCGGGGGAGUGAUCAAGAGGAACCUGCCGCGGCAGUUCGUGGACGAGGCCAACCGGCUGCUGGAUCGGCAGGGGACGGCUAGAUCCGGCUUCUUGCGCGGUGGGGGAGGGGGAGGGCGGAAGGCGUCCGCGAUCGUGCGGUCGGUUCUCCCGUAUAUGCUGGCCACCUGUGCCGUAGGUGGCUUCAUUCUGUUGGCAACAUUGCUGCACAGAGCGACGGAAGACGGUGGCAUCAGGAACAGGCGAUGGAACGGGGGGCAUACAUGGGAAGAAGGGAAGGGGAGCCGUACCGGGAGUGUCGUGAGAUUUUUGCCAUCAGACAUUCUACGGAGGUUUGAUGAACAGGGAGGGCUUGAUAGGAUUCGAUCUGAGCUAAGGGUGGGCGUCCGGCUUCCAAGGCUUGCAAUUGUAAGUGUCCCGUCAUUCCUUUCUCCCUCCCUACCCAAGUGACCUACUAUCGUAUGCUUUUCAUGGGAAAAUGAAUUGUGCCUUACACUUAUUAUGAUUUCAUUCUGGACGGAACCGACACAAUUUUUUAUUAACUUGAUUCAAGAAAGGAAAUGAAUCGUACAUAUCAGGUGCGUGUAAGUAACCCUGAAAGCUAAUGGUGCCUUACCAGGUACCUACGUCACGACAUGAAUUUGAUGAAACAGAACGAUGUGUUUUUAUUAUUUGACCUUUGUUGGAUUCAAACAUUGUGCAAUGGGAGGGGUAUGAUCUAGAACAGAAAAGACCUUUCUUCUCAAAACUGACGGCUUAAUUGUGGUUGCAUGCAUGCCAUCUUUCAUUUGAUCUAAAUGCAAAUAAUAUUUUUCUUUAGUAAUAAUGAUGAUGAUGUUACCAUUGAUACUGAUAACAAUAACCCAACUUUUGGAGAAAACUGAUGCCUAAAAUUCUAUGGUUAGCCAUAAAAAAUCCCAUGUCAUCAUUUAAUAGUUAUAUGCUCUAGUUAGAGGUUUAUGGUUAAAAAUAUAUGUUCUAUUGAGAGGUGAGUGUCAAGGUUAGCCUCUAGGUGGAACUAGAUAUAGUUGUUUUCCUAUGCUCGAAGUUCCUUUCCCACUGUGUUCCUCAUGACAGACUAGGCCCACGGCCCACCCAUUAGGCACUGGCCAUUUAAUGUUGGUUUUGAACAGAAAAGAAAUCCCAGAUUAUAAACUUGUCUAAGGAAACCUGGAUUGGGAUCAUAUAGGGACAUUGAUCUCUCCCAUUCCUUUUGUAACCUAGGUCAGUGGAUUUUUCGGAAUCCAUUGGAGCCUUAGUAUCAGCAUCUUUUUCAGAAUAAGUGUUCAUUGUUUCGUCCUAGAUUAGAGCUGCGUUAUUCGAGCUCAAUCGACCCUUCAGCAUACUUUACUGGCUGAACUGUUUGGAUUCUUUAAAAAAUGGUCUUCUUAUGACAUAAUGCCUUGUGAAAUUUAAUGCCCGUUAUUUGCAUCUGAUUCAUCAGAGAUGUUCUUUGGGAUAUAUGUGAUGCCUCGUGACAUACCUUUUAUCACUCAAAUCUCUUCUUCUAAUCAUGCCUGACUUGCUUUAUGUUUCUAAAAACAUAAGUGACUUAAAUAUAUCGUUUGAUCUCUUUUUUUUUCUGUGGUGUCAGGUCCUAGGAACAAUGGAAAAAGAUUCGCCAUCCUUGUUGCUGUUUACUUUGGUGAAAAGUUUUAAAGAGCUUGGGUACCAUCUGACAGUAAGUCAUCCUAUUAUCUUUGGAAUAGAAUUUUGACUUGCUUUACAUGCGAUGCCACCCCCCCACCCCUCUGUCCUGAAACCACGCAGACACCACUGCAACAAAAAUAAGAAAGAGAAGAAGAAAAAGCUACAACAGCGUCAAGGUCGUGCACUUUUGGAAACAUUCGUUCGUUUUGGUCUGGUCUUGUUAAUGUACGGUUAUACACAAGUUUAAACUAUCCUCCGCCACAACACCAUAUAUUAUUUGCUUCUCGCGUUGAAGCUGCGGGUCAAAUACGUUUCUUAUUUGAUUUUUUUAUUUUUUAGAUGAUGAAUUUCGUGGGGUUUAUUUUUGUUCAUUCAACAUUGGUCUUUACACACAAGAACCACGUCCAUAGGUCUAUAAAGUGGUUUAACUUGCAUAAAAUCACUUAGAAUGUCCUUCUGUAUUGGAUGCCCUUAAUUUCUACGUGGUUGAGGAGAAAAAUAAAAAAAUCUAAUUUGGUACCCUUUCUGUUUCAACAGUUUAUCGUUCCCAGUUUUUCUCGGAUUUUAACUAUCAUAUCAGAAGAAAAAAACGAGAACGGAGAUGUUGUUGUUUUGGCUUUUGUGGUUAUGUACUGUACGAUUUGGCCCUUCACUUGUGAAAAUCCCACUGAUUCUUUCGGAGAGCUCUUGAAAAGAACUUUGAUUGUGGCCUGUCUGAGGAUUUAUCUUUUCUCCUAUCACCAAGCUCGCCAUAGAACCUCAGAAGACAGUCAUUCAACUUACUGCAAAUAUAACAGUGCAUAAUUUUGAAAGUGAUCUAUAGCAUGCAUUAUUAAGCAAAAAAAUUAUGAAAUACUUCAAAGUUGUUGGUGUGUAAACUUUGACAGAAAGAAACGCGUUCAUUUUUGAAAGAGAGCAUCUCUACUAAGAGUUUUUAUGUUUUUGAUACUAUUGAGGAAUGGGUAAGACAGUUUCUGUAAUGAAGAAUGGAGUGAUUCUACUGCUCUGAGGAAGUUGAUGUAUCAAUAUGGUCUGCAAUUUCCUGCCGUAGGAAAUAGCUGGCUUGUGGGUGGUUUUUGAAUGACCUGUUGGGUAGACAUGUACAUUCUUUUUUAAAAUUAUUGAUUUUAUGGUAUUACCAACUUUAUAGAAAAAAAUAUCGGCGUAUGAAUUUCUGAUGGUUAACAUUUAAUCUGAUAGGAAACAUUAUGAUAAUUUUUCCCGAGAAGUGGUUGGUAGCAUAAAUUACCAAAAAAGGCAUUAAAUAAAAUGAAAUUAUUGGUAUGUGAUAAUGCCAAAACUAUCACUUAAGAGCGUCCCAAAACCUCUAUAUUUGAGCCAUUACUCUCUAAAAGCACGUGUAUUCGUGUGGCUGACACACGACUGAUACCCUUCAAUCCACUCAGCUUUCAGGUUUAUAGAGCUAGACCCCAGGUCCGUUCUGGUAAACCCUGGUAAAUCCUGAGAUAUAGGCUCUAACUCUUGUAAUGUUUUAACAGAAAAUAAAAAGUCAUUGUUCCCCUCAUGGUUAGUCUUAAAUAAGUUACACAAUCAUUGCUGUUAAGACGAGAAGGCUGCAGUAGACACAUUAGAGUAGUUUCAUGUCAGGCAAUUCAGAUAUCAGAUUCAAGUCUCUGUUAGCCAUUCUAUGUUUGAGAUGGGAAUGACUUUCAAAAUAUGUUUCAGAAGUUUUCAUGAAGCAUGGUUCUUUCUCUACAUUGGAGCUGAAUUUGUUCUUUCAUGAUCCAAAUUUGAUUCUCAAUUAUUUAUGUGAUAAUUUCCUUCUUCGACCAGGUUUUUGCGUUAAAAGAUGGGAAAGCUCGUCCACAUUGGGAACAAAUUGGGGGUCAGAUUUCUAUGUUGAAUCGUGACAGCUAUGUUGAUUGGUCAAUGUAUGUUUGUUUACGAAUGCGAAUUUUAUCUGUAGCUUCUGCCCGUUGUAAAUAUAUCCCCUAUUUUCCCAUCCUGCUAGUCCCACUGGGAGUUCUCAUUCAGUUCAACUUAGUGAUUCUAUUUUCAAUUAUGCCAUUAUUCCUUGCUCAUUUUUUGAUUCCAUGUAGCCUUAACUGUUCUUUUGUUUUCUUUCAGAUUUGAAGGUGUCAUUUUAAGCUCUCUUGAAGCUAGAAUAACCAUUUCAAGGUUUGGAUUUACUAUUUUUUGAAGUUUUAUUGUUUUAUGUUUUAUGGACGUCUCUUUUAUUAGAAAACACUGUAAUCUGGAAGCCAACAAAAGCCCUUGUUCGGCCAGUAAUAGCUUCACCAUUUUACUACGAUUCUUCCUCAGCAGCUCUGGAAGUAACACAUCCUUCAUGGGAUCUUUGUGCUAUCAAGGCAGAAAUGGAUGUGCAUCGUAGAGAAGAACCUCUUGUGGAGAUAAGUGAUUUGCUGAUUUCUGGAUGUGGAGUGUCUGUUAAUCUGUCUACGGACGCAGCUGAGAUGUUAUUGGCAAACGAAGGUACUGCUAAUCAAAGAAGGAUGCACCAAAAAGAGAGGACGUCUAAUCGGCCCAUUGGUUCAUGUUCCUGGUACUAUUGGUGAGGAAGUUGCAGUACUGGAAGUCUGUCAGAGGCGUGGGGUCUUAUCGUCUUGUCAUAUAGGAGUUAAUAUAGAUGUUCAACGCAUUAAGAUCAUGGACUCGGUUCAAGUGAAUAUUUCAUUUAGGCUGCAAAAAAGUAGGAAAAAUUGAGGAGAUGGAUGAGUUCCUUGAUGUAUGCUAUCCUCAACUUACGGAAGGAACCUCAAAGAAUUCCCUUUGGGGACUACACUUAUCUUUGUUAAGUAGAAUGACUGGAUAAACAUGGUUUUCCUUUUUGGGGAGGGUACAAUGUAAUGUAGCUUGUGGGAUCGUCCUAGGAGCGAGUUAGGUAGUUACUUCGUUAGAAAUUUCGUUUCGUGCGAAAAUGAGCAACAUAAUGCUGGACAACGUGGCAGCUACAAUUCUGUUUGCCUACGACUUUUGCAUUGUUGGAAGUUCGUCUCUGUAGUUUUAAUUCUCCCUUGAUACCUACGCAUGUACUUUUAAAGACUGUUGAGGAAGUAGUCAACUAGCUGAGUGGUUUUCUAAGAAUCUAUCUUGACAUAAAUGAAAAGCUGAGUCAGGGUAUGAUUUACUACUUAUGAAUGGGGUCUAAUGAUCAGUUUACAAAUUUAUUUUCAUGGAGGGAUCUGAUGACAAGGGUGUGGACAGUAUGAUAUCCUAUCCACUACUAGUAAAUGUUCUGUUUUGACAUCCGUUACGAAUAUGAAUAUAUAAAAUUUACUGAUGGUUAGGAACCACGCCAUUAUUUUAUUUAAGGCAUUGUUUGAGGCCUGCAUAAUUCUUGUAAUACUCUGAACGGGAAGUUGGGUGGUGAUGCCGGCCAAAGAGGUGCUCACUGUUGUCGUUAUAUCCUUUUACAGCCACUAAGAUUAUACUUACUGAUUCAAUCCAUUCAACGGAUAGUAAUUUGACUAGCAGUAACUUCUAGGAUUAUGUUCUGCUUAUGAGGGUGAAAAUCAUGUUUUCUGUAUUCAACAAUGCAUAUUGUUGUAAAUAUAUCGAACCCCAUGUUUCUGGGGAUCUUAAGAAUUUUGAUUCUUUAAUUAGAAGAAAAAAUAGCUUGGCUGUGGUUUCGCUGGAUAGUAGACAGGGACAGUGGGAAUCUCGUUAAUCCAUUCAUGCGCAUCACUAAUUAGAUGACGAGGCAUCUGACUAUCUUAAGAGAGUCAUAGUUAUUCCCGCCGUUUACCCACGCUUGGUUGAAUAUCUUCACUUUGACAUUCAGUGCACUGGGCAGAAAUCACAUUGUGCGAGCAUCCACGGGAACCGUCGCAAUGCUUUGUUUUAAUUAAACAGUCGGAUUCCUCUUGUCCGUAUCAGUUCUGAGCCGACUGUUCAAUGCCCGAGGAAGGCCCCCGCCCCAGCCGCCUGGCCACGCCCGAGGGUGUGGUGCAGGCGUGCGGCAGGGGGCCGCUCCUGGCCCGUCCCCCGGCCGGCAUGCGGUGACCCGCUCUCACUGCGCGCGCAACUCAGGACUGUUUUAUAGAUACCCAAAAUCUGCCCUAAAUUUGGCCUUUUAUUAUUUCAAGUUAUAAUUCUACAGUGGCUUCCCUGGGGAUCAAACCUGAAAAAUUCUGAAGCCAGGAUACGAGCUUUUGUCUUGAAUUGAUGCUUUCCAUGAUACUUUUUUUGAAGUUUUGCGUUCUCCUGGGCCGUGCAAUACUGCAUUGUGGAUUCUUGUGGAAUGUUAUUUAAUUACUUUUCGUGUUGGGCAGCCUGAUGCAGGAACCUUUUGAUUAUGUGCCAGUGAUAUGGAUAAUUCAAGAAGGUGUACUCGGAGAGCGCCUUUCUCUGUAUAAAGAGAUGGGCAGGCAGCUUAUUAUUUCUGAGUGGAGAAAGGCUUUCAAUAGGGCCGAUAUCGUGGUGUUUCCUGAUUCUUCUCUUCCUGUCAGUAUGCUUUCCUCGUUUUGUUGUUUUUCUCAUUGAUUCAAGAUUUUUACUUGGUAAAAGCAUUUUUAUUAAAUGUUUACCGUUUCAUAUUUCUCUGUCAGAUGCUGUACACUGCACUUGAUGCUGGAAAUUUCUUUGUUGUUUCUGGGUCCCCUGUUGAUGUGUGGGCAGCUGAAAGCUAUGCUUCAUCUCACUCCAAAAUUCAAUUAAGAAGAGAUGACGGAUUUGAUGAAGAUGAUUUGGUGGUUGUGGUUAUUGGGGGCUCUGUCGUCUAUGGAAAUGAUCCCUGGGACUAUGUAGCUGCAAUGCAUCUCAUUGGACCUAGCUUAUUACAAUUUGCAUAUUUAAAGCACCAUGGAAAGUCAUUUAAAGUAUUACUUUUGUCGGGAAAGUCCACUGAUGGCCAUGGUAGUACUUUUCAGGUAACUGGUUCAUUAACAGAUUUUUUACAUCUUUUAAAUUAAAGACAGCAGUUCAUCCACGUUAAAAAUACUGUUUUGUUGCACUCUCUCUUUUUCUUCAUUAUUUAGCAGAGUUCCUAACAUGAUAGUCAGACAAUAUUCGUUGAAAAGGUUAGGCUACUCUGGAUAAUUGAGAACGUGGAACGUACAUCUGUGAAAUUUCUGUCCGUUUGUAAAUUGGCUUUCAAAAACUUUUUUUUACUUAUGAAGCAAACAUCUUUGAUGGUUAUCAACUUUCAAGUAGCUAGAAAAUAAUGAUCCUUUUUCAAUUGUAGGUUUUUUAUGUCAUCAAGAAUGUAGUCUGUCAACUGAGAGAUAGUUGAGGACUGAAAUUUCCAACCUUAUGUUCUGAAUGUAUUUUAAUUAGAGAACGAAAGGUGGGCCGUAGAAAAUCCAGGCAAUAGCAGAGGAACAUUUUGUUGACAACUACCUAAAAUAAUCUAUUCAGUACCUAAAAUAAACAUACAGUGUACUAAAAAAAUUAUCUAAAAACUAGAACGAUCCUGCUUACCUUGAGAGGCUUUCUUUUCACUUUUUCCACCCUACCACUUUUUGUCCCUCCACCGUGGCCCUCUAUGGAGGGUAGAGUCCUCCAAACUGGCCUAGAUGGCCAUGUUGGAACAACUCUUCGGAACUGUAUAGUCAAGGGAAUAUUUACAUUUUAUUCUCAAUAUUAAAAUGCCCAUCCCUACUGGAUAAAGAUCGAUCAUCAUUGAUAACUCAUUUAGGAUUCAUGUGCUGAAAUGUGAUAUACAAGAACCCAUUUUCCAGAAAAAAAAAAGCAAUGACAUCUUAUAGAUGAGCAUGGAUUCUCUAAAGGUUUUGAAGAUCCCCAUUCUUUGUUUAGCCGAUGAUUUGCUUAAGUGUAUGCUUCCAUUUUGUUGGCUAAUUAUCCACAGCAUGAUUCCUUAACCUAUCCAAACUUCGAUGCAUGUGAUGCUGUCUUUAUCUUUUUUACCUUGCAAUGUUGACUUGGCGGUGUGAAAUAAUUAAUUUGUUGAUAAUGGGUUCAAAAACAGGAUUCGGAUAUUGCUUCGCGAUUUGGAUUUCCGAAAGGUUGUGUAAAGCACUAUGGUUUGGAUGGCAAUGUAAACAAGGCAUUGUUAAUAGCAGAUAUUGUUCUGUAUGUUUCCUUUCAUGAUGAACAAACUUUUCCUCCACUGUUAGCCCGGGCCAUGUCUUUUGGAGUCCUGGUUGUUGCUCCUGAUCUAACUGUAAUAAAGAGAUACGUAAGUACUAUGCCAAAUCCUCCUCCGGUUGUUUGUUCAUGUACUGAUAAAAUGGAACUGGCAUAAUAUUUUGGCAUAUAGCUAAUAGAUUCAUUAUUCUACAGGUCACAAAUGAAGUUGAUGGCUUUAUUUUUCAAUCUAGUGACCCCAAAUCAUUUAGUACUAUCUUUUCACUUGCCAUAGCAGAGAUAAAUGCAUUUAAUCGCACUGUUGCUACUUCUGGGAAACUGUUGUCAAGAAACAUGCUGGCACAGGACUGUAUUAUUGGCUAUGCAAAGCUUCUUGAAAAUGUAGUCCAAUUUCCAUCAGACACAGUUCUUCCUGGUCCCAGUAGUAAACUUCAACUGAACAAAUGGGAGUGGGAUUUUUUGGAAGGGGAAACUGAGCCAAUUCACCGUCAGGUUUUUAGUGAGACAUCCAGCAUCGUGUAUAUUAUUGAGGAAGAAUUGGCUGACAAGAGCAUUUCGGAAGACACGUUCACAAAUCAAAGUGAAACCCUUGUCUUUGAUUAUCCUAGUGAUUCAGACUGGGAAGAUGUUAGGGAAAUGGAAUUUUCUGAAGAUAUUGAAACGCUAGAAAUUCAAGAGGUACGCUAGUUUAUUUUUUGGAAGAUGGCUGUACUGCCGUGCGUUUACAUUUUCUCAGAAGUAUUCUAUGUGAUGGUUCAGCAUGAUCUUUUGUUCCACGCAGCUUGCAGAGAGGACAGAGAGACCGUCAGAAUCAUGGGAAGAUGUAUAUAGCAAAAGUAGAAAAGCUUCAAAGAGAAAGUUUGGAGACGAUGAACGAGAUGAUGAGGAGCUUGAAAAAGUAGGCCAGUAUGUUAGUAUUUAUGAAAUUUACGGUGGUGCUGGUGCAUGGCCAUUUUUACACCAUAGCGCACUAUACCGUGCAGUGAGCCUUGUAAGUUUUCAAAUCUUCUCCUUACAUUUUUUUCGUCAACUGCUGGAUCCAUAAGAUUUGAAUAUCUUCCAUGCAUCUGCAAUAUUUCCUGGCAUAUUUGAUUUUCCUUGCUGUCCUGGUAUUAUUGGGGAACAUUAAUCCUUUUCUUCUUGUUCAUCUUUAACUCGUUCUAUCUAUUUCCAUUGUGCAUUAACUUUUUUAAUGUUGAAAUUUAGAUAUUUACCUAAUUUUAUUUAACUUUAUUAUUUUUCACUGACGUUGACUAUUGCUUACUUCUGUAUAAAUUUUGGUCAUGUUGAUUGUGAUUUUUAUCCUCCAUUGUUGCUUUUUCCCUUGUAAAAAUACUGCAGUCGUAUAAUAUGGUCACCACAAAAAAAAGUCUGAUGGAUUUUUGGGUCCUUUUUUUCACACUGUUAUUCAAGAAGUUUGAGAUGUACUAUAGAUGAUUCAAAACAUCGAUGCUAUAUUUGUGAGUAUAACUUGGAAUAAUCUAGUGGAUUGCUUGGCAAAAGGUUCUUGAUGUGAUCAAAGCUAUGGGACAUUAAUUAUGUCAUUGACAUGGAGAUUCUGCAACAGCGACAGUUCUUUUGACAUAUUGUUGGUGAUUGUAUUUUGCUUCUAUUAGUGCCCUCUAUGGUUCUCCCAAAGGCAGUAUAAUCAUUGUGUUGGGGUCCGUUAGAAAGAGUCUCCUUGUGCCUGGUUUCUGCUGGAGAAGUGACAUCCAUGACAUCCACUGGUGGCCAUCAGUGGGUUUAAUCUUUCUGCAAAAGAUGAGGUCAGAACAUUUUCGAUGUUGGUGAAUUGAAUCUUGGUGGUUUAGCUGGAUGCUCCAAGGGAGAACAAUUUUUAGCACCUUGAUUUCUGCUGGAUUUUCUGUGAUAACAGGCAUACUUGCCUGAUUAGUUCAAGAAAUCUGAAUCGCAAAUAUAACACAAACUGGAUGCAUUGCGUAAAGAUAUUCUCAGUCGAGUCCAUAGCGCUCCAAGCUUUCAUAUUGGGCAGGCGAGUGCCAUGAAGUAGUCACAGAUGAACUUCCAACUUAUGUGAGACUUGGAUGAUAAAAUCUGGGGUAAUGGUGUCCUACACUCCAGCUAACUAGGAUAGUCUUGUCACAUACCGCGAACCACUUUCUUUUUAGUUGAUUCUGUUUCUUUAUGAUAUGCUUAAAAUAUACCAAGCCUCGCAGAACGAUUGAAAGAUAGACCCUUCUGUUGAUUGGUGAUCGACUGCUCACAGAUGACCACAAGCCAUUGCCUUAUGGGUUGUAUUCUCCAAAAAGGUUGAAACUCCUCAUUCAUCUAGACUGUCAAUGAGUUUGUUUGGGCUGAUUCAAGUUAUAGCUCCAAUGAUAAAAAGAAAUAUGUUGUUGCCCAUGGUCUGUUCUCUUCACAACAGAUGGAAUAGUCGCCAACAGACAAUAAUCUAUUUCGUCAUAAUAUUCUCUAUUCUCAUGUGGAUUGUAGUAACACAUUUCUUAGCAUCUGCCCAAUACUACAGGGCCAUUGACUUUGUCAUAUCUUCAAAUAAUUCUUCUUUAUAUCACUGUUCUCCUUUUUCGGAAUCAAUGUCGAAACUUGAUCGAGGGCUGUUUCAAAAUUUUUGUUGAGGCACACAAGGGGCUGCGUGGCUGGAAAUUGGAUGAUUUUAGAGCAAUUGUUCACCGUGUUCACCUGGGAUCAUAAAAAGUUAUCCGUCAGUGUCAUGAGUGUUAUUAAAGAAUGUAGAAUUAUUUUUAAAAUAUUUCAAUCAUUUUCCAUUAAUAAAAUCAAAGACUAAAUUUGUAAAAGCUAGUAAUGAUUGCUAUAGAAGUCAGUGAUUAUGUGAUGGUUAAAUAUCCAAGCCUAAACUACAAUAGUUUUAUGUACUUAUUCAUUCGUGGUCUGAUUCCAUCAUCCUUUUUUGGCUUGACAGUCUAAAGACGCCAAAGAGUCAAGGGUGGAUGAUGUUCGAGCUGUGCUCCGUCUUUCAUUCUUGAAUAUUACAUACUACAGGGAUCUUCUUUGUGAGUAUGGUGGCAUGUUGGCUAUAGCCAAUAAGUCCAAUAGCAUUCAUAAGACACCAUGGAUUGGCUUUCAGUCAUGGCGCGCUGCAGGAAGGAAGGUGUGUGACGCCACUUGCAUUCAUAAUUCUAAGCUUUGUCUUUCUCCUUAGAAAAGUCAUGUUUUUUUUUUAAUACUUCGGUGGGUUGAUUGUUUCUAUACAUCAGGAAAAUGGUAAUUGUUUUGUGGUAUCUUGUUUUUAUCUAAAUAUUUUUUAGUUGUGGUUAUUUUCUCAUUCGUUUCAUAUGCUUUUUUCGCAUUCUCAUUUUUGGAACUUCAGUACCAUAACCUACCUAUUCAGGUUAAGCGCAUUUUUUCAAGUCGCUUAGGAAUUAAGUCACAUAUAUGGAAGUUUUAUUGAGCAAGAGAACAGAUCAUUAGUUCCAUCAUCAUCUUUAGAAUAAUGCUACUCAAGUUUCAACAGAAGCAAAAACAUCAAUUUGUAGCCAUGUAAUAAUAUUUCUACUGACUCUUGUCAUUUGCCUUGAAGGAAAUUUGAUGACAUUUUUGUUAAAUUCACAUGGGUUGUCAUCUAUUCGUAUUAACACUUUACUAAAAUAAAGCUUUUUAUCCUCAAUAUUUUCUGUCUAUGACUUACAAACUUAAUAAAACCUUCUUUUUAAUAAACCUACCGAUUUACAUUGACUGUAGGCUAAAAACAACGUUGUGUGGGUAAUUUUUUUUAAAAUCAAAGGCAAUAACCAAACAUGUGGUAAAUUUGUUUAAUUUUCGUUAAACAUAUUUUUCUGCCUUGUAAUAAUAGUUUGUUGAAGACCAGACGGGUGGGAAACGGUUUUCCAUUUUGACAGGCUGAGUGCUCUUUAGAAGGUCAAGUGCUUUCAUUUUUCGUUUGCUUGCCUGAUAAUAUUGCAUGAAGGUUUGAAUUUUUUUUUACUGAUUCGUGGAAGCAUUUUUGAAAGGGAAGGAAGGAAAACCGUGCUGUGAAAAGGUGUUUAUGUAGACUAGAAAGACGCUGUACUGUUCCAUUUCCUUCAACUUUACUUUUCUCCUGAGGAGAAGGCCUCUAAUAUAUGGCGGGUUCAACUGCCACCGAUCAAAUGAAGUCUACCCUGUUAUUUCCAUCCUGAUGUGUUUUGAUUCCUAGCCUCUGCUUGUUGUAUACCUUAUUUAUUUCUUAUUUUCUAGACAUUUAUGCUCCAGGCAUCCUGUCCACAUUAUGCUUGUCUUGAUUGUAUUCUACUUGUUGGUACCUUUUUGUCCAGAAUCUGGUCCUUGUUCUGGUAAAUUUUCGACAGAUAUUGUAUAGUGACCUUGACAAAUUUCUCGGCAUGGUUCAGUCGGAGCUUGUGCCACCCUUUUGACUUUCAGAAUUGUUUCCCUUUUCGUGAGGGAAAAGCUCUGGCUUGGAAAGAAACGAACUUACCAUCUCCCUCUUUGUAGGUUUCUUUAACUAUUGAGGCUGAAAGAACACUGGAGCAGACAUUACGAACAGAAACUGAGGGAGAUGUAUUCUACUAUUGGGCAAGGGCAGACUUGGGGACUAAGGACACGAAGGGAAAUUAUACUUACGACUUUUGGUCGAUAUGCGAUAUCUUGAAUAAUGGGCAUUGCAGGUUUCCUUUUAUUCUUUGGAAAUUUCAAUUAAAAUUUGGGCGAUUUUUUUUAAUAUUUUCUGCAAGUCAUUGCCGGGGGUUCUAUAUAAUGCUAUGAAAAUAACAGUUUGUGCGCUUCGACUUAAGGCAUAACAUAGUAUUUCUCAAUAUUGAUGUGCGCUGGGGACAAGCGUACGGUCUACUAAUCAGUGGCUGCAUCCUAUGCAAUGUCUAUGCAAGGUCAUUGAUAUGGUUUCUUCUCCCUGUCGUAGGGACGUGUUUGAAGAUGCAUUUAGGCUGAUGUAUGGCAUACCGAGUGGUGUUUCCGCCUUGCCUCCGAUGCCCAGCAGUGGUCACUGGUCUGCCCUCAACAGCUGGGUUAUGCCAACACCAUCAUUUCUAGAGUUCAUCAUGUUCUCAAGGUAUAUGUUUCCACUUUUAACUUUUCAUUCACCUACUUAAUUAUUAUUCACUAAUUACUCUCUCUCUCUCUCUCUCUCUCUCUCUCUCUCUCGCUGUGAUAGAAUGUUCCUGGAUUCGCUGGACAGCUUAAACAGUAAUUCUAGCGUUCCGAAUUCAUGCCUUCUUGGAUCAUCAAAGCUGGAGGUAAAGGUUUCUGAUUAGAAACUGGGGGCUUUCUUUUUUUAUGCUUUCAAGUACUAUUAGCGAGGUAAUAUUCAAGCAAUGGAACUGUCUUCUUAUUUUUGCUCCGUAGAAGAAGCAAUGUUACUGUCGAGUACUGGAGCUACUCGUCAACGUCUGGGCCUACCACAGCGCCAGGAAGAUGGUUUAUCUGGAUCCCCAGUCCGGGAAGGUCAGAGAACAGCACCCUGUUGAGCAACGUAGGGGUCUUAUGUGGCUGAAAUAUUUUGACUUCGCGCUGUUGAGGAGCAUGGACGAAGAUCUGGCGGAGGCGACAGAGGACAGAGUCUACCCCAGAAAAGGAUUCCUGUGGCCUUUGACUGGUGAGGUGUACUGUCAGUUGAUCCAGGAGAAGGAGAAGGAGUUGAGAUAUAGGCUGAAGAGGGAGAAGAGCAGAAAGGAUAAAGAGAAGCAGCUUGAGAGGAAGAGGAAUGGCCGGAUUCAAAAACCCUUGGGAUAA